UGUGUUUUCUACUGUUGUUGCUGGGCCGAGAUGGUCAUGUAGCUAGCUGGUAUUACCAUAGGCAGAAAACGCCCUCUCUCUUUCGCAUUGCAUGCAUUGUUUUCAAACGAAUUCUCACGUUUGCUACCGUAGUUAGAACGAAGACGGAGGGAAAACAGCAGAAGCGUGAGAUGAAAUGACAACGUCAACAUUACAGAAAGCGAUCGAUCUUGUCACCAAAGCCACAGAAGAAGACAAGGCAAAGAACUAUGAAGAGGCCCUGCGCCUGUACCAGCAUGCGGUGGAGUACUUUCUACACGCCAUCAAGUACGAGGCCCAUAGUGACAAGGCGAAGGAGAGCAUUCGGGGUAAAUGUAUGCAGUACCUGGACCGAGCGGAGAAGCUGAAGGACUACCUGAAGAAUAAAGAGAAACAGGGCAAGAAGCCUGUGAAGGAGGCCCAGAGCAAUGACAAAAGUGACAGUGACAGUGAGGGGGAGAAUCCUGAGAAGAAGAAACUCCAGGAGCAUCUGAUGGGUGCCAUAGUGAUGGAGAAGCCCAACGUGAGGUGGAGUGAUGUGGCGGGACUGGAGAUGGCCAAGGAGGCCCUGAAGGAAGCAGUCAUCCUGCCCAUCAAAUUCCCACACCUCUUCACCGGCAAGCGAACGCCCUGGAGAGGGAUCCUGCUGUUCGGGCCUCCAGGAACAGGGAAGUCCUACCUGGCCAAGGCCGUGGCCACCGAGGCCAACAACUCCACCUUCUUCUCCGUCUCCUCCUCCGACCUCAUGUCCAAGUGGCUGGGAGAGAGUGAGAAGCUUGUGAAGAACCUGUUUGACCUGGCUCGCACGCACAAGCCCUCCAUCAUCUUCAUAGACGAGGUGGACUCGCUGUGCGGUUCCCGUAAUGAGAAUGAGAGCGAAGCAGCGCGCCGCAUCAAGACAGAAUUCCUUGUCCAAAUGCAAGGUGUGGGAAAUAACAAUGAUGGGGUUCUUGUGCUGGGGGCCACCAACAUCCCCUGGGUCCUGGACGCUGCUAUUCGCAGGAGGUUUGAGAAGCGCAUCUACAUCCCGCUGCCGGAGGAGCCGGCUCGCUCGGCCAUGUUCCGACUGCACCUGGGCAACACGCCGCACAGCCUGAGCGACGCCGACCUGCGGCAGCUAGCACACAAGACGGACGGCUAUUCGGGAGCUGACAUCAGCAUCAUCGUACGCGACGCGCUCAUGCAGCCCGUACGCAAGGUGCAGUCGGCCACGCACUUCAAGAAGGUGCGAGGCCCAUCUCGUACCAACAGCCAACUGAUGGUGGACGACCUGCUCACCCCCUGUUCCCCUGGUGACCCAGCGGCCGUAGAGAUGACCUGGAUGGAUGUGCCUAGCGACAAGCUUCUAGAACCCAUAGUCUGCAUGUCUGACAUGUUGCGAUCCCUGUCCACCACACGGCCCACGGUGAACACAGAGGACCUACUGAAGGUCAAGAAGUUCACAGAAGACUUUGGCCAGGAGGGCUGAGAUCAUGGACAUGGACAUGGAGAUGGAAAAAGCCAAGAGUAUUAUUCCGGCUUCAGACACUGCGUUGGUUAUCAACAUCUCCAGUAUUCCUUCCACCAUUUCAAUUCAAUUCCCUCCUCUCCCUCUUCCCCUCCCAAAUCCAUACAAGUCUUAGCCAUCUCAUCCUAUCCACUCCAUCCAUUCCAUCCAAAACAGUAGCACCUGCAAAAAUCGACUGAACACCACCACCUUCGGACUAUCUACUCUAAACUAAUCUACCCUACCAUGGUGACAAUGAAGGCGUGUUUUACCCCCCUUUUCUCUAAUGUGUACCUUUUCUCUUCUUCUCUUGAUCAAUGCGUAACAAAAAAACAAAACAAAAAAGGCUGAAGGACAUUUAUCUCUUUUGCACUAGACAGUGCUGUUUGAUGUUUUAAAAAAAAAAAAAAACUAAGUGCAAAGAACAAAAAGAAUCAUUUUCAGAUGAAGAAGCUAUGGUACGUUGAACAGGAAACGCUAAUCAUUUUUAUGUUGAAGAUACAAUGCGUGUGUUUGUGUGUGUUUGUGCGCGCGUGUAUGUGUGUGUGUAUGUUUUGUGUGUGAGAAUGUGCAUACUUACUGUAAGGAUGUCCCUGUCCGACAAAAUGUUUUUAUUUUCUUUUAUGCGAGUUGUGCAAGUAUUUCUUAUGGUUUCAUUCAGGGGUGCGUUGCCUCUUGUCAUUCACCCCAAUUGUAAUACCUUAUCAACGCUUGCUCCACAGGCAAGAAUCGUUGGCUUUCUGUUACGGGACAGUAUUAGUUUAUUUAUACUUAUUUAUUUUACCGCAAUGUAGGACACUAAAAAAAAGACUGAGCAACUGUUUACUGGGCCACUAAAAACAAACUACAUGAAGAAGCUUUUUUAUUUGUUUUUGCCACUAACCUGACAAGAAGUUAGAAUGGGAUGUUUGGGGUGCCAAUGCCUCACAGACAACAACCCCCUCCACCUCAAACCCCUCCCAUCCCUAAAGCUGCGUCAUCAGGAGGAGUUAGCCGUCAUUAAGCUAUUUUGUUGUUUACGUGACAAGAUGACUGAACCACCCAAGUGUGUAUGCAAAGGAGACCCAAUGAUGGCCUCUGCGUUGGGGUAUUCCAAGGUGGUUCAGUAACAAACCUGGUCAACCUGGAAGUAGUGGUGGAUCGACUAAUAAAAGGGCCUGGAGUCCUCAUUUCCAAAACUAAUGCCUCUUACGUUGCUGGUUUUCUGGUAGGCUUACAGCUCGACACAGUGCAACUCGGCCGCCACUUUUUGCUUUUCGAAUAGGCACGACAGAUCAAUCGUGAAGCCAAAAGUGGCGGCUGAGUCCCGCUGUGUUCAGCUGUAGGCUUACCAGAUAACCAGCAGUGGAAAAGAGGCAUUAAUGAUGCCUGCAGGCUAGCUUUUUACUAUAUUUACCACUUUCAUUUACCUUCACCAGGUUUAUCACGUCACGUAAUCAUUUCCUUGGGAUACCCCCUUUGGUCAUAUAUACCACGCAGAAUGAGCAUGUUCUCCUCCUCCUCUAUGUCUCUUGUCAUGUUGGUAGUUCUGUCUAGGUAGUGGACGGUACAGGUAGUGAUUGGUGUCAGCCUUGGUGUCCUGAGAGGCAGCGGUCACCUGUUGUGAUUACUAAAGUUUGCCUGAUCUGAUCAUUAAAAAUUGUGAUAAAAAAACAACGAACCCUG